UAUAAACCGAAUCCCGUUCCUUGAAUUCUCCAUCCAACGUCCAAAACACUUGUUUGGUCGCCGAGAAAGUCUCCGCGAAAAAGAAAGAAGUGAUGUCGGGAAGAGGAAAGGGAGGGAAAGGGCUGGGAAAGGGCGGAGCCAAGAGGCACAGGAAGGUCCUGAGAGACAACAUCCAGGGCAUCACGAAGCCUGCAAUUCGCAGGCUCGCUCGCAGAGGAGGCGUGAAGCGAAUCAGCGGUCUAAUCUACGAGGAAACCAGAGGAGUUCUGAAGAUUUUCCUGGAAAAUGUCAUCCGCGACGCCGUCACUUACACGGAGCACGCCAGGAGGAAGACCGUGACCGCCAUGGACGUCGUUUAUGCUCUGAAAAGGCAGGGCCGUACUCUCUACGGCUUCGGCGGUUAAGCACCCAAAUCUGUACAAGUUAGGGUUUUUUAGGUCUAUGCUUAUUCUUCCUCUUUUGUACUCUCUGGUUCAUGGAUUAUGAAAUUUGGAGUUCUGUGUAUCUGAUGUGAUUCGUACUUGUUUGCAAUUUAUGGAUUGAAUCGUACAAGAAGAUGGAAUUGUUAGAUCUAGUGUUUUUUCGUUGUCUAAAGAAAAUGCAGAUGAUAUUUGAAUAUUAGCUUUAUGUUGUUUUGGUAAAA